CGCAUCCUUUUCUGAACUGUUAACGUCUGAGUUGUACUGAUUUGCAAAGUGUGCGCGCCACUUUCAGUAUUUUAUGAUCUUGUUGGUUUGAUUAACAUCCAGAUAUCACCAUGUCGGUGGCGUUUGCACCACACAGACAGCGUGGAAAGGGCGACAUAACCCCCGCCGGAAUACAGAAGCUACUAGAUGAGAAUAAUCAUCUUAUUCAGAGUAUAAUGGACUUCCAGAGCAAGGGCAAAACAACCGAGUGUUCUCAGUAUCAACAGAUACUGCACAGAAAUUUAGUGUACCUGGCCACGAUAGCAGACUCUAAUCAAAACAUGCAGUCUCUCCUCCCAGCUCCACCCACUCAAAGCAUGCCCAUGGGACCUGGCGGGAUGAACCAAAGUGGGCCCCCGCCUCAACCCAGUCAUGGUCACAACAUGCCCUCUGAAGGUAUGGUCAGCUGUGGCCCCCCGGCCCCACACAUGCAGAACCAGAUGAACGGACAGAUGCCAGGUCCUAAUCACAUGCCCAUGCAAGGUCCCGGUCCAGGCCCAAACCAGCCCCCAAACAUGGCCAGCGGCUCUAUGAACAUGCCUCCGAGCAGCCAUGGCUCGAUGGGCGGUUACAACCACGCUGUCCCUUCAUCCCAGGGCAUGCCAGCACAGAGCCAAAUGAACAUGACGCAGGGCCAGCCUAUGGGAAACUAUGCGCCAAGGCCCAAUAUGAACAUGCAGCCCAAUCAAGGCCCCAUGAUGCACCAGCAGCCUCCCUCGCAGCAGUACAACAUGCCUCCAGGUGGUGGCGGCCAGCACUACCAAGGGCAGCAGAACCCGAUGGGCAUGAUGGGCCAGGUCAACCAGGGCAAUCAUGUCAUGGGUCAGAGGCCCAUGCCUCCAUACAGACCGCCUCAGCAAGGACCCCCACAGCAGUACCCAGGGCAGGAAGACUACUAUGGGGACCAGUACAGUCACGCAGGACAGGGAGCCUCAGAAGGUAACGCCCAGUACGGUCAACAGCAAGAGGCCUAUCAGCAAGGCCCACCCCAGCAACAGGGCUACCCUCCUCAACAGCAGUACCCAGGUCAGCAGGGCUACCCACCGCAGCAGCAGGGCUAUGGUCCCUCCCAGAAUGCCCCAGGACAGUACCCCAACUACCCUCAGGGGCAGGGCCAGCAGUAUGGUGGCUAUCGCCCUCCUCAGCCAGGACCCCCACAGGGCCAACAGCAGCGCCCUUAUGGCUAUGACCAGGUGAGUAUGGGCCCAGCAUUGAGCAGUUAAGAGAAAGAUGUACGUAUACAUUGGGCUUAGUUUGGAUUUGUACCAGUGAUUUUGUAUGUUGUGCAUGCUAUCAUCAUAUUUGAGCUUGAGUUGUUUCCCCUAAAACAUUGUAGUGUAUGUCGCUAUUGCCAUUCAUGUUUAAUCUCGAUUGUUUAUCCUGACUAAUGUGGCAUGCUCCCCCUCCCUUCAGGGAUAUAUGAAGGGCUUUUAAAGACGCAUCCUUUCUUAGAUUUGCUGCUGUGGUGUUUUUGAAGGAAGCUAUUUUCUUUUGCCCUGUAAUAUCCUGUGGUCUCCUGCUUGGGGACCAGAGCUACACUUUGAUAUCUUUAUUAUCUUUGAAUAUUCAGGGGCACAUGAGGAAAUAAAGGCCCGGGGAUUUGAACCCCCUGACUAGCUCUAUAAGAAGCAAAGGUAAAUGGUUGCUGUGAAGACCUCAACGUCCGAUCUUAGAUGCUUGAACACCUAGACUUUUAAUUUGCAUUCAUGUUCCUCUGCAUCUCUUUCUUUCCUUCAUCUUCUAUCCUUCUUUGUUUUGUAAUGUUAGCACUGUUUUGAACAUUUGUUGGUCACCAGGGGUCGAAUUUGAAAUCAAAUGAGGUCUAGAAACACAGCAUGCUUAGUUAAGCGCAUAAAACAUACAUAUUCUACUGUAUUUAUGUGUCGGUACUUAACCCAUAAAAUGGGUCAUGCAUUGAUUAUGGCAUACAAAUACACACACUUCGACCCCUGUUUAGAAAUACUAGCUUCCUUGCCCUGAGUCUAUCUCAUUUAAAGUAGCAUUCUGUAGUCAACAAUGAGUCAUGCAGAAAACUUCCAGUAGUGUUAGUGCUCACCACUUAUGAGGAUCUGCUGCCAUCUACUGGUCGAUACAAGCAAACGCAGCCAUUCGUUAUGGUUUGCCGUAUGAUCAGAGAAGCCACAGAUAUUUUAUUGUUAAUAGUUGAUUAAUAGCUUAUUUUCUUGUCUGUAAACUGUCAAGUAACUUAAGUCCUGUCACCCUUCCUCACAGGGCCAGUAUGGAAAUUACCAGCAAUGAGAAACGGUCAUCUCUUGUAUGAGAGUCACAGCAGCACAAAAAACAAAAUCCAUUCUCCUCCCCAGUCGAUCCUUUGGGCUCUAACUCUAAACAUUUCCACUGACUCAAAACAUCACAAUCUAUGCCCCCCACUUCUGGUCCAGUAUGUCUCAAAGCGGCAGUGCCUUAAAAGAUGGAGCUGCCUUAUCCUCCAAUAGCAUUGCAUUGCCUGUACAAACAAAAUUUAGGAUCUUCUGGAGAUUAUUCAUGUGGUUCAACUGUGGUGUGUUGUUUCUCUACGCGUCAGCUCCUUGUUAAGAAGCAAUAAUGCCAGCAGUAGAGAAACGUGCAUGUCGAGGGAGGUAAGAGGUUAGAGAGGGGGCGGGUGUAGAGUUUAGAGAUAAGACAGCAAGUCAACAACUUCCUGCGAGUUCCAUGGUACACACAUCUUGAUGUAUGUGAUGCUGUAAAAAUAUAUUUGAUUCUUUUUAGGGCAACAUGACUUCGUAUCAGACUGCGGAAGCUAGUACUAAGAUGUGUCUUUGUCAAUGAUGUUUAUUUUUUUUGUGAUGAACUGAACGAUGCAAAUAAGUGACACAAUUGCCGUAAGCAAAACUGCAUCUACAACAUGUUUUGUUUCUAUCUUACAAAAAAAAUGAUGCUAUACUAAUGUGCCAAGUUAAGGGGCAAAAAAAAUGUUCAAACAUCAAAACCAUUUGCUUAGAUGAUCUCCUGGAGACAAAUGUGGCCAAAGCUUACACCAUAUGUAGCGUAACAACUGUAACAAUAUUGUAACAACUGAAAGUGGCUCAAUUGUGUAGAGUAAAAGUAUUAGGACCACACUGGCAAAAUAUAAUAUCGUCGCACCGCAAGGAAAAAAAGUCAAAAGAAACAAGAAAACUGGUCGUAGUGGUAGUGCAGACAAAUGUAAUGUUGAGAGAAUGAAGUCAGAAUGUUACGAGAAGAAAAUCCUAAUGUUAUGAGGGGGGGAAGAGGGGUCGUUGAUAGGAGAAUCUUAAUAGAAGAAACCGGUAAUCUUAUGGCAGGAAAAAAGUUGUACCGUAAAUUCCGGACUGUAGAGCGCACAUGAAUAAAAAUAUAAGCCCCACCCAGCAAAGUUGAAAAGGAAAAAAAAAUGUGUACAUAUAGCCCGCACUUGUCAAAAGCCACAGGUGUCCACAUUGUAACAUGGGAUAUUUACACAGAAAGACACUAUAAACCUUUCAGUCCUACCUACACUCAGUGUUACCAGCAUCACUCGUUAGCUCCGAUGAGUGAGAUGUGAGGCGCUUUUUUUCCCCGUUGGAGUUCAACAGCUGCCGCGGUCCAAGCAGUCUAAGCAGAAGCUUUUACAUUAGAAGCACUCGAUCGAACGUAAGAUAUAUCAGAUCAAAACAUGAUCGCGGCACGAGUCAUCAAAUUGUGAUAUUAGUGUCCACUUCUCGAGUCCAAUUUAGUCACUCUAAGCAUCAUGGGAACUGUAGAUCUGUUAGCCAUAAAUUAGCAUUUUUUAAGCCGCAGGGUUCAAAGCAUGUGACAAAAGUAGCAUCGUGUAGUCCGACAUUUAUGGUAAUCUUACAACAAUAACUUUAUUUAAGUUUGCACCGCAUCAAUGCAUAAAAGCUUCAUUUUUGUAACAGUAAAACUUUUAAAACAUGUAUACCUGUACAGGUAUUGCACUUUAUCUCGAAAAAUACAACUUUUUUGUUUUUUUCCGCCUCAAAGAAUCUUACUCAAAAUUUGAUAAGAUUACAGUUUUUGUUUCGUAAAAUUUUCUCUAAAUUUUUUUCCCAAGAUUACAACUUUUUUGUCAAAGAUUAUUCCUUUUUUCUGGUAAGUUUAUGACUUUGUCGAAAAGAUAAAACUUGUAUUCUUGUACGAUUUCGACUUUCUUGUUGAAUGUAAGACUUUUUCUCAUAAGAAUAUUGUCAAGAAAAUACAUUUAUUUUUGAUUUUGCGAUCAUUCAAGAUUCUAACUUUAUUCCCAGGUGUGUCAGAUGGCAAGAUCCUCAAAGGUUCUCGUCUUCACACGUGUACGUCUGUGUUUGUAAUAAUGGUUAGAAUGUUGGCAUUUGAAGGCUGGCUCAGAUGGGCUCCAGAUCACCAAAUGAGGACAAGGGUUGUAGAAAAUAGCUUUAUUCCUGUAACACAGGACUUUAUUUUGGUAAAAUUACAUGCUGUUUUUUUUUUGUUUUUUUUUACUUUAUUCUCCUAAAUGUAGGAACUCAUCAUACUUCUUUAUUCACGUGCAAUUCUAUUAUUACCGCUAUUCUUGUUUUAAAAAAAAAAAAUCGGAUAAAGUUUUGUUUUGCAUUUUUCUUAGAAUAUUACAACUUAAUUCUCCUACAUUUUGUUUUUUUUCUUUAAAUAUUUUGACUUAAUUGUAAAAUUAGAGCCAACUUUUUGCGUGUAUCAUGAUUACUUUAUUAUUGUAAAGUUCGCAAGAAUAUAAUUUAUAGGUUUUCUUGUAAUUUGUGACUUUUUUUCCUUGCAAAAUGACCACUUUUUUCCCGUGAUAGUUCGAUUUUAUUAUGUUUGCAUAUGUUUCUUUUCAGUGUGGUCCUAAUAGGUCUUUGUCAUUGUGCCUCUUGACCGCAAAUGGAACUUCAAAACAAUAUGUCUGACAAUGACAAAGUUGUAUUAUUAACGCUGGAGUCCUUUCAACCAUUGGAGCAAAUAAAGUUGUCGGCUGUCGUCUUUUUAAGUGGUGUCGUACGUGAAUAAUAAAGGCUGUCACAUAUGUAAGAUAAAAUGUGGGGAAAAAAAUACUUGAGUCAUUCGACAUUUUUAGACCUGGUUGUGCAGUUUUCUAUCACUGACCUGUUUUGUGGUGCGUUCUUUAUUGCUCCCACUUCCCAGUAUGUACAGCAGGAGGAGGAACAGGAACAGUCCUCUUAUUGUUUAUAUGGCUGUUUUUAAUAUUUGUUUGCAUUCCCAUUCACAUUUGUGUCAUGGCAAUGUUCAACUGUACAUUCUGCUAAUAAAUUGCAAGAAUCUUUAA